UGGCGGCAUGGGCGGGGUUUAGGCCGAAGGCAAUGUAGGGGCAGCGUCUGUUUGGUCCUCACUGUCACCGCCAGCGCCUCUUCCGUGAUUCAUUCAUUUGUGUUUUUCAUUCACUUCGGUAUACCCCCGGUUGAAAGCCAUGGAAAGCGCUCUACCUGCUGCCGGCUUCCUGUACUGGGUGGGCGCGGGCACCGUGGCCUACCUGGCCCUGCGCAUCUCGUGCUCGCUCUUGACGGCCCUUCGGGUCUGGGGUUUGGGUCACGAGACAGGGGUCGGACCGGGGCUCGGUGAAUGGGCAGUUGUCACAGGUAGUACCGAUGGAAUUGGAAAAUCAUAUGCAGAACAGUUAGCAAAGCGUGGACUGAAGGUUGUCCUUAUCAGCAGAUCACAGGAUAAACUGAACCAUGUUUCCAGUGAAAUAAGAGAAAAAUUCAAAGUGGAAACAAAGACCAUUGCUGUUGACUUCGCAUCAGAAGAUAUUUAUGACAAAAUUAAAACAAGCUUGGCAGGUCUUAAAAUUGGUGUUUUAGUAAACAACGUUGGAAUGUCAUAUGAAUAUCCGGAAUACUUCUUGGAUGUUCCUGACUUGGACAAUAUCAUCAAGAAACUGAUAAAUGUUAAUGUUCUUUCUGUUUGUAAGAUGACACAGUUGGUGCUGCCUGGCAUGGUAGAAAGUUUUGCUUCAUUGUUAUACUCCACAAAUGAGGGAAAUCAUUUGGCAUUUGUCUUUCUCUGCCUGGCUAAUUUCACUGAGAAUAAUGUCCUCCAGCUCCAUCCAUGUUGUUGCAAAUGGUCAAAAGGGGCGAUUCUGAACAUCUCCUCUGCCAGUGGCAUGUAUCCAGUCCCACUGAUGACCAUGUACUCGGCAACCAAGGCUUUUGUAGAUUUCUUCUCUCAGUGCCUCCAUGAAGAAUAUAGGAGCAAGGGCAUCUUUGUGCAGAGUGUCCUGCCAUACUUCGUAGCCACAAAACUGGCUAAAAUCCGAAAGCCAACUUUGGAUAAACCCUCGUCAGAGACGUUUGUGAAAUCUGCAAUUAAAACAGUGGGCGUGCAAUCCCGCACCAAUGGAUACCUGGUCCAUUCUCUUAUGGGUGCAGUAUCCUCAAUCCUGCCUUCUUGGAUAUAUCUUAAAGUGAGCAUGACUGUAGGCAAGUCCAUACGAGCUCGCUAUCUGAAGAAAAACAAGAAGAACUAAGCAUUGAUCACUGCAUAGAGUAACUUGGCCAGAUGCUUCAGCCUGUGCGUGUUUAUUGCAAGGCACCCACCCAUCUCAAAAACCUUCAGUUGCCGUUUUAAUGUUACUAAUAAGGUUAAAUGGUGUCAUGAUUGGGAGGAAAGCAGAAGCGCUUUCAGAAGUUCCUGAUAUAAAUUCUAGAUAUUCCCAGGAGUUAUUUUGAAGUUUAACACAAAUGGUCAUAUUAAAUGGAUAGAGAACUAAUAUUAGUGGGAACAGUGUAAUGGAAGGAAAACCAUUAUAGCAAAUCAUGGUAGAGUCAUACAUAACACUCAACAGUUUUCAUCUGGCCCAAAAUGCCAAUGAUGAUUAUUUUGUAUUUAAUCUGAAGCAUACUUUAAAAAGUAAUGGCCAGCUAGUCUUCUUUGUUUUUAACACUUCGAGGGAGUAGAGAUGAAUUGAUUCACUUACAGGAGGACACACUGCAAUUUGCAAUUUGCAUAGCUCUCUGUCAGUUUUUCUAAAAGUAUAUUCCAGUUUGUGCAUUUAUACACUCAAAGGUAGCUAAUGAUGUAAAAAUAAUAUGUGGAAAUUGAGGUUUUUUUGACACGUGAAGCCCACUAAAAUAUGCUUUCCUCUAAUACAUAUUCUCAGUUUAAGUAUGUGUGAAUACUAAAAGUUUUAAUAUAUGAUUUAUAAAGAUAAAUGGGCAAAAUAUGCAUUGAGAUGGGCAGCCACCUGUGGUACCACUAAAACGCUGACCCAAGAAAGUGGCCUGCUUGUACCUCAGCCACCUUUGUUUCUGCACUGCACGAAUACUGCUCACAUCUGUGACAACAGGCUGCCCCUAGAGCAGUAAUGGUAUCAGUGAAGUAGUAGUAUACUUUUAAGACAGUGCCCUGUGGAUAACAAUACAAUUAGUUUUAAUAAGAAGAAAGGUAUAAAAGGACAAAAUAUGAUAUAAAAGGUGAUAUAUACAUGGUGAUGGUUGAAAACAUAUUUCUUUGGUGGUUGAAGACACUUCUUUGGUGCUUGCAAUUAAGACCAUUUUUAUACUGGCUUAAUGUAAAUUAAGACUUGCUUUUAUCCUGCUAUAUAUUGCUUAGGGAACUCACCAAGAAAUAAUUCAAUGUUGUAAAACAUGUAACACAGAAGGUAGGUCUUUACGUAGGCUGUGGUUCCUAGGUUCUAGGUUUAAGCACCAGUAAAUCUGCAAAAAAAAAAAGAAUUUUUAAUUGGAAUGUUGAAGUGUUUCUAGCUUCUAAUUUUGCAGCUAAGGAUAUAAAACAAAAACAGGAAAGCCCAAAUUACCAUAUGCUAUUAGCAUUCUUGUAUGAAAGACUUUUUAGCACUAAAAAGUAGGAAGAACAUAAUCUUAGAAUAAUGAAUAAUUAUUUAAGUUCAAUAAAUUCAGUUUUAAUGAAAAACA